UUUGGCCUUCAAUUUUCGAGGAUUCUCUUGCAAUUCGGGGAGGUUUAGUAAUGUUCAAGUGAAGUGAUAAAUUCUAAAUAAAUGCUGUGACAUCUCUUACAUCAGCUGGUGUUAAAAUGACAUCGAGAAGUAAAAAUGCUGUUCGCAGCUACGAGACUGAUAUCGAAAAAAGCAGAGAAGAGUCCAAUUGGAAGAAGGCUGUGGAAUUGGCUCAGCAGCUCAAGGCCAGGUCUCCACAACACGAAAGCCUAGCUCACUUCCUCAUUGGGGAAGGCAAACUCGAAGCUUAUUUAGACGAAUGGCCACCAAUCAAGGAAAACAUAGAGAGAGCUCAGAGAGAACUCUCCGAUCCCAAAGGCUACUUGACAUUAGCGACAGAUGAAGCUGGAAAGAAGGCAGGGGUGGCGUUGGAUGCUCACCUUCUGCUUGGAAAGUUGCACUUUGCAUGUGGGUCUUACGACGAUGCUUUGAAACAUUAUAAGCUAGCCGAGUUGAAUACUUUGACGGAGAAAGAGUUGCCUGUACGAAGUCUUCGAAUAGUGGCAGAGUCAUAUGCAAUUAAGGGAUUAUGUUUAGAACAGACUGCAUUGCCAGCUGCCACAAGCCGGUACAAGCAAGCUGAGAAAGAAUCUGAGAUGAUACGCAGCUUCGAGCUAGCGUCGGACCUCACGCUGCUGUACCUGCAGCGCGCGACGAACGCGCGCGCGGGCGCCACGCUCGAGACGGCGCUGCAGCGCGCGCCGCUGCUGCACAUACGGGCGGGCCGCCUCAGUUGUGCGAUCGACAGGUAUCGAGAGAUGCUUACAGCAGUGGAGUCGGUCUCCACGCAGGCGCUACGAUUAACCCUCGCCAGACAACUAGCUGAAGUCCUCAUGAGAGGAGUCACGGGACAGGUGUACAAAGCGCCACAGAAGAUAUCGCUCCCCGCGCAGUCGCAAGGCACUCUGUCCCGCCGGAGAGAGGACCACGUGGCCGAAGGGCCGUGGAAGCCCAAGAAGUAUGCCGCUAUUAAUCAGUUCGUGCCGCGCAACGAGUACGAGGAGGUGGUGCUGGUGCUGGUGGUGGGCGAGGCCAUGGCGGUGCGCGACGCCGUGCUGUCGCAGAGCGCCGAGUUCGAGCUGGCGCGCGCGCACUCGCUGCGCAACGCGGCCGCGCUCGCCGACCUGCUCGCGCUCGCCGCGCUGCGCUGGGGGCAGCUGCCGCUCGUGCUCGAGUCGCUGGAGCGCGCGAUGAAGUUUUCGUUCGGGUGCGCGCACAUCUGGCGGCAGCGCGCGCUCGCCACGGCCGCCGCGCCGCAACACGCCCAUAUCCCAAACACUGUAACCGAACACGAAUCCGUUAUGUGCGCAGGCAGCAGCGCGUGGAGCGCGCUGGUGCGCGCGGCGGGCGUGGCGCGCCGCGCGGCGCCGCUCGUGCCGCGCGACGCGUCGCUGCGCCGCGUCGCCGCCGCCACCUGCUACCGCGCCGCCUGGAUAGAGGAGGGCAUUCAGUUCGCUGAGGACGCGCUGCGGAUAGAGAGGGAGAAGGAGCAACCCUCGCCGAUGUUGGCGCGCUGCUACCUGCAGUGCGCUAUUGGGCACCAGAUGAAGGCACAGAAAGCAAACUGCCGCAUCGAGAAGGACAGCGAGAACGACAUUAGCCUGAAGUACUUGGUGAAGAGUGUCCAGCUGGACGACAACGACCACCUCGCGUUCUAUCACCUCGCCUUGCAGUACAUGUAUAUGGGUAUGCUGAAUGAGGCCAUGGACGCGACGCGCGCGUGCCUGUCGUGCCGCGCGGAGUGCGGCGGCGGCCUGCGCCUCGCCGCCUCGCUGUGGUCCUGCGCCGCGGCCGGGCCGCGCGGCGCGCGCGCGCUGUCCGCCGCCCGCCUCGCGCGCCACCACUACCCCGCCGCCGAGUGGCCGCUGUGGACGCUCGCCGCGCUGCAGGCGCUCUGGGACGGCGGCGAGGCGGCGCUGGCGACGGGCAAGGAGCUGCUGAAGCUGCUGAACAGCGCGGAGGAGGAGGGCGAGCACCACUACGCCGACCUCGACGCGCUCUCCGACUCGCUGCACGACGACAUGCAUAGCAACCGGGAUGCGGCGUCGGUGCGCGCGGAGUCGGCGGGCGCGUACCGCGUGGAGCGCGCGCUGUCGGAGGGCGCGUCGUCGCAGUCGGCGCCGCGCCGCGCGCCGCUGGCCGCCCCGCGCGCGCACGCCUGGCUGCUGCUCGCCGACCUGUGCCUCAGGUUGGGCAGAUCGAGCGCGGCAGCGGGGUGCGUGUCGGAGGCCGCGGCGCUCACUCCUUUCAGUCACCUUGUUUUGUAUACGCGUGGGCGAGUUCACAGUGCGAGCGGCGAGUGGGAGGAGGCGCGGCAGUGCUAUCAAAAUGCGUUAGCGAUACAUCCCACACACAUCGACAGUAUGGUACAGUUAGGCGGCGCGUACUACGAGCUGGGCUGGCUGCGGCUGGCGGAGCGCACGCUGCGCGACGCGGGCGCGCUGGAGCCGGCGCGCGCCGACACGUGGCGCCGCCUGGCGCUGGUGCUGGCGGCGCUGGGCGAGCCCGCCGCCGCCGCCGACGCCGCCGCCGCCGCGCUGGCGCUGCACCCGCUGCACCCGCUGCACCCGCUCUGCCCCGCGCUCUGACCGCUCUCGCCGGAAUCCAACUGGGUGGGAGGGUAAUGGUACUGCCAAAAGCGUCACGUGACGUCGAACUUAACUAUUAUAUAAGGGUUAUGUUUAAGCGAAAGUUCAUGUUAACUCGAGUUGUAUCCACAACGAGCGGCCACGAACACCCGCGUCAAUAUACACUAGAAUUGUAGCUUUACCGCGAGUGGGAGAGAGAUAGCAAGCGAGCGAGCGCGUACGUGUGAGCGAGACAGCUGACGACUGCCAUGUGUGGUUCUAUUCUAUGUUGGCGAGGUUGUUGUGGUCUGUUAUACUGUAGGUACAUUACGCAACGAAAUCAGUUACCGAAUAUGGCCGAUAGAUGGCUCCGUAACCAAAAGUUUAAUUCGUUUAAAUAAAAAGUAAUCUGAAUUAUAGAAAUAUUCCGUUGACUCUUUUCGUACGCGACAUACUAUAUAGUAUAAAAAGAAAUUACAAGUAUCAUGUAUUGUGAAUAUUUUUUUUUGCAAAAAGCGCCAUCUUGUGAUAAAGAUUUUGACAUUCAAGGCUUGAUAAGAUUGUGCGCACAUUGGUAGUUUAUUAUUUGUAUUUCAAAUAUUGGUUAAUGUUAUUACAAGUGGGUUUAACCAUUUCUUAAUUUUUUUUAUUAUCAGAAAUAUGUAUAAAACAUUUUUUUAAUUCAUUUUUUGACUUUAUCUCGCUCCAAUCUGAUUCGAUGCAAAGAAAUAGCGAUUAAAAUCAGUGUCACCAGAGAAUUUAAUUGUUUUGCCGAUAUUUUAUCGACAACAUCUAAAUAUUAUAUUUUGAUUGGAGGGAGAUUCUAAUUGCUUGUAGUAAUUGACACAUGUGUGUAACAAAUGUAAUUAUUUUUUUUAUUUGUUAAUACUACAAAAAAGUACAUUAAUUUUUAAAAUUUAAUUAAUGAUUUCGCUGUAUGAAAUGUUUUCAAUCGAAAAAUCUAAAUUAACGUCGUACAAAUAAAUCUUCGCUCCCAACAAAAAAUUAAAAAAAUAAAAACAAAAAAAUUUAAUGGUUUACGUAAACAUAAUAAUUCCAAUAUAAACUUCAUGAAAACCUUCUUGUUGUACUUAAUAUAUAAAAAAAUCGAUAUAGUCUUCCCUGUGUGUGUCAUUCGAUGUAAUAUUAAAGCGGUUCUAUUGAAGCUAAAAGACUUAAUAAGACUUUAAUGUCGUCGUGUUAAGGGUCAAACUUGUGUCUAACAAUUUUAUCAUACGAUAACUUCAAUUUUAAUACGUCAUUCUUGCAAUGACGUCACAAAGAUGGCGUCACAGUAUUCCUAAAUUCACCUUUUCGAUAGAUUUACUUCAGUUUUAGUACUGAUCCAAGAAGUAUUUAUCACGUAAGUAAGUGUUUACGAUAUGUGUCGUCCCAAUAACCAAAAUCGAAGCCAACAAUCUGGCUUUUUCAUAUCUAACUAACUGAUCUUAAUUUGAACAAAAAAAAUACAGCUGUGAAUUUUUAUUGCUUUUUUUCGUAACAUUUUAUUAAUGUUUUGUCUCUUUUUCUAAAAUGAGUUUAAGAAAAAUUUUAGUAAAUUUACUAUUGAUUCCUCGAUAAAAUAACCUUGAUUUUUGUGAAUUAUAGAGACACAUUAAAAUAUUUGUUUUAUGAUGUUAAUGAAUGAUUUUUUUUUCAAAAUAAAAAAAUUAUCCUGUUAUAGAAGUACGACGAGAGAUAUUUAGAAAUUUCAUCGUGUAUUGAAAUAACUCCCAAGUAAAACACCAAAGCGAAUUUCAGCGGCUGUCUCCGCCGUUUUUUAAAUAUAUAAUAUUCUCGAUUUACUCGUAAAUGUAUUCAAUAAUCCCCGUGUCUUAACUUUUGUAAAUAUUUAUCGAAUUUUAAAUGAUAUUAAAGCGUCGUGUACGAAAAUAAUAAAAAACAUUAGUGAGAUGUUCAUUAGAAUAGAUUUUAGACUUAUCUACGCGAACGUUUUCGAGAUUUAUAUGAAUACGAGUCUGGUAGUGUGAUGUUGGCGUAUUUCAACCGAUUUCGAAUCAGUUUUUUUUAUUAUGACCCAGAUUUUUUGUGGUUUAUUAGUUUUGGUGGUUUUUUUUUUUUCCAUUUGGGAAGUCCUGACAUAUAGCGAAGUAUUGGAACAUAAUGAUGGUUUGGUUUGUAAUAUUUUUUGUUAGAUACGCAACGCAUAAAUAUUAAAGUAAUUUUCCGACGAGACUGGUCAUGAUA